AUGCGCAAACUAAAUGGACCCACCUCAGAACCUGGCCUGGUGACACCUUUAGACUCGUGGAGUGGAGAUGGAGUUCCACACAACACCCCACCAAGACCCACCACCUACUCCGUCACUCACAGCCCGAUGCCAACUCUCACUGGGAAAGACCCCACCUCCCCUACCAAAUGCGGGGGUGUCUUGGCAGACCUCGGUGGCACAUUCAGCUCUCCUAACCACCCGGGCUCAUAUCCCCCCGAUUUGCUAUGUGUGUGGGUGAUUCGGGUGCCACCCCCAAGCCUCGUGCAGCUCCAUGUGUCAUCGCUGGACAUCGAGGGCCCAUCGCCCUGCCUGUUUGAUUGGCUUGAGAUUCGAGAGGAGACCGAGCAGACAUCCACUAGUAACUUAUCUUUACUUCUUAGGUUCUGUGGUAAUGUGUCCCCUCCCACAGUCAACACCAACAGCAGCACAGUGUGGGUCAGCUUUCGGUCAGACGGGAGCAUCGCGAGAAAUGGUUUCACCGCCCAGUACCAUUCCAUUUCACCUGGCCAGAAGAGCUGUUCCAGGGAAGAGUUUAUGUGUGACAAUGGUCGUUGUCUCCUGCCGGUGUCUGUUUGCGAUGGUCAACCGAACUGCCAGGACCAGUCUGAUGAGGCGAACUGCAGUCACAAGCACAAAGAAUGUGGUGGCCAGAAGACUGGAUUGUCCGGCUCCUUCUCUAGUCCAAAUCACCCCAAGCCCUAUCCUCACCAACAGCUGUGCACCUGGCAUAUAUCUGUGGAGGAGGGCCAUGUCAUCAGGUUGAAUUUCCGUAACUUCAGCCUGGAAACGCAAGACGUCUGUGAGUUUGACUAUGUCGAGGUGCACGACAGCGCUGACACUGGGGACGACAGUGUUCUUGGCCGGUACUGUGGAUCAGGACUCCCUCCAGAUCUGACCUCUUCAGGGACCGUGAUGACUGUGGUGUUUGUGGCCGACGAGGGCGUGGCGGACAGCGGCUUCUACGCUUCCUACCAGGCCAUUCCUCUCUCAGAGCGGACCUGUAGCUCAGCUCAGUUUGCCUGUGGCAGCGGGGAGUGUCUGCACCCACAGUGGCUGUGUGACGGCUGGAACGACUGCGCUGAUGGAGCAGACGAGCUGGACUGUGCCAACUCCACGUAUCCCCCCAUCACGUCAUCCUGUGAGCCAAUAGAGGUGCAGAUGUGCCAGGGUCUGUCCUAUAACCUCACCUCUUUCCCCAACAUCUGGCUCUCCAUCGCCGACCAGAGGGAGGCUGCGGCCAUGCUGCAACAGUACAGGGUGCUGAUGGAGCUGGCAUGCUUCGAGCCCUUGCGUAAGCUGGUGUGCGGCAUGUUCCUGCCCCAGUGCAGCCCCCGGGGCGGCGUGCUGCAGCCGUGCUGGUCGGUGUGCUCGGCGGCGGAGCAGCAGUGUGCCCAGGCCCUGGAUCUCUUCUCCCUCAGCUGGCCCUUCAACUGCCAACUGCUGCCCGACUCGGACGACCCCGUCGAGUGCUCUCGCCCCUGACCGAUGGGGGAACCACAACAUGGGUGCCUCUCAUUCUCUCUUACAUCCUCCCAUCCUUCCUCGGUCCUCACUGAUCUACAUAAAGAAUGAUGGGGCGGCAACAAUGGGAUAGUCGAUCCAGUGUUAGUUAUAGAUCAGUGGG